AUGCGCGGGACAGCCCCCCACCCCAUCAUUCAUAUCAAUGGCUUCCCCGGCACUGGAAAGCUAACAGUCGCUCAGUAUCUGGUCACGCAUGUUACCACUGUAGAUCUGAAGCUAAUCCAUAACCACCUUCUCAUCAAUCCCGCUGACGCCGUUCUACACCGUACCCAACCAGGGUACCAGGCUCUCCGGCGUGCUCUUCGCAGCGCCAUCUUUACCUCCUUGGCCGAGCCCGCCACACUCGAUACAACCUACCUGUUCACUGACUUUCAAACAACGAAUGAACUUGGUACUAGUGUAUGCGCAGAGUACGCACAGGCAGCGAAAGACCGAGGCUGUCUACUGAUUCCCAUUGUUCUGACCUGCGAUGAAGAUGAGAAUAUCAAGCGCAUAACGCAGUCGGGGCGUGAAAAGCAUGCAAAGCUUAUGGAUGUGGAGCUGCUGAGAAUUUUUCGCGAGGGAGCACCGAUUUUUAAGCUGGGCGAUAGAAAGGAGUUUCUAGAGAUUGAUGUGACAUGUUUAGAGCCGGAGGAGGUUGCAAGGGUUAUUUGGGAGCAUGUUUUACGGGUGUGUCCACAUAUAGGUGGUGGAUGGUCUUGA